GCGACCAGCGCGCUGCUUGGACGUGUUAUUCGUCGUGUUCAGAGCGUUAAAAAACAACAAAUUUCUAGUGUCGGCGAAAAUGCUUGGAUCGCAACAACUGUGGCAUGCCGCAUCGCUGGCAAUAAUCGUAUUUUGUGGAUUCGCGCAUGCGAAAGGCACACACAAGGUCCACUGCUCCGAGGACCAGAUGCGCGUGGAAAUUGGACUGCCAUCCGAUGGCGACGUGAGUUCCACUUCGAAUAGCAGCGAUGCCGAGCGUCCACAGAUCUACUUGGAGGGUCUCAAGGGCUAUCCGGAUGUGCGCUGUCAGCCCGAAAUCAAUGGCGCCCUCGCCGUUUUUCGUCUAUCGCUCAGCGACUUUUACGAGUGCGGCGUGACGCGCAUGGUCAACCAGCUAACGGGAAAAAAGGUGUAUUACCAUAAAAUCAUCAUUGAAUCGGCCAGCAGCAAGGAGAUUGUCAGCGUCAAAUGCAUUACCACAAGCGGUCCGGUUUAUAAUGUCAUGAUGAAUGGCACCAACUUGGCACAGGAGCAGCAGCAGCAACCACAACAGCAGCAACAACAUCAUGGUGUGGUCAGACGCGAUGUGCUGCCAGCGGGCUUCCAGGAGCCAGACGAUCUUGAGAUUACCACCUCAUUGACAAAACGUGCGCCGGAGCCGCGUCUCUCGAUUGGUGUUAGCCAGGACAACCAGAAGUUCACCAGAGAUUUAACCGUCAAGUCGGGCACUCCGCUGACCAUGGAGAUCAACUUGGAUGAGGACUCGGCGCCAGUUUAUGGUCUGGGCGUCAAUUAUUUGGACGUUACCGACACACACACCUCCUCCGAGACGCUCAUCUUCAAGGGCUGCACUGUGGAUCCGUAUCUCUUUGAGAACUUUAACACCGUCGAUGGCGACAUACUAAGCGCCAAGUUCAAGGCCUUCAAGUUCCCCGACUCCUCGUAUGUGCAGUUCCGAGCCACGGUCAACGUUUGCCUGGACAAAUGCCUUGGCACGCAGUGCUCCAACAACCAGGUGGGCUUUGGCAGGCGCAAGCGCGAGAUCAGCUCGGCGAAUAAGGUUUAUGAAAUAUCGCUGGCCAUGUUCCUGCAAGUCGACGACAUCGAAGGCGUCAACAAGAAUGAGGUGCUGCAGCUGGAGGAGAAACUGCGCGAACUGAAGUUGGCCAAUCAGCGUUUGGCUCGCAAUAGUCGCGGCAACUUUGCGGAGCUGAGCCGCAGCAUGGAACAGUUGCCAGCCAGCAGUGCCGUGCCGGCUUUUGUUGUGGAUGAGCGAGAGCUGGGACAGCUUAGCUCGGGUGCAGGCAGCUCAGUCAUCUGUGGCCUCUGGGCGUUGAUCUGUGCGCUGUGUUGGCGUCUUUUGUAAAAUAGUCGGAGGAAUGGCGAUUGUAAAUCUCAAAAACGAAUGGCGGCAGACGGCUGGCAGGAUGUUAAUCAGGUUGGCGUUGCGUGUGUGCAGUGUGUAUGGCAAUAAUAAAAAACAAAACCGAGAGAAACGAAAAACAAUAUAUUUACUACCUACUACUAAUAUAUACUUAUGUAACUGCCAUUUAUAAAACGUAAUUACAUUUAAUUUUAAUGAGAGUGGUUCUCCGCUAUAGCUUCCGAGAAAUGCCAGCCAAGCAAUAAAACCACAACAACAUCAAAAGCAAACAGCAACAACAAACAGUGAUUCUUAAAAAACCUUUUCGAUAACUUGAUAAAUUUGUCUAACACGUAAGCACCUACUAGUCUUCUAAGUUUAACUGUUAAGCUUAAUUUAAUUAAUGACUAAAACUAAAUGAAUUAAUAAAAUUAAACAAUCCAAA